AUGGGGCGUGCAAAAUUGAAGAUGGAACUAAUAACCAAGGAGAAAUCAAGGAAUGCAACAUUCAAGAAAAGGAAAGAAGGUUUAUUGAAAAAGUUGUAUGAAUUCACUACACUUUGCAAUGUGAAUGGACUUAUGAUCAUGUAUGGACCCAAACAAGGCAAUGGAUCAGACUCUAGCCCUGAGAUUUGGACAAAUAGUAGUGGAAGUACUACUACUACAACUACUAAAAGCUUACAACAACAACAACAAGAGAUUGAGAAUCUAAUCGACGAGUAUAAAAAGGAGAAUAGUUUGCAAUCUGGUAGUACUAAAACCUUUGGAUUGUCUGAUUAUUUUGUUGAUCGAAACAAGAAAGUUGAGGAAGAGUUUAUCAAGUUGAGAAAGAUGAAUAUGGAGAAAAAAUAUCCAUGUUGGCUAGAGUUUAUGGAUCAGUUAUCUGAGUUUAAGUUGAGGGAUUUUUUAACUUUGUUGGAUGACAAAGUUGAAAAUGUGAAGACUAGGAUUAAUAUGCUGAAAGGGAAUUUUACUGAUUUGAUGGAAGGAGAAAUGAUUGGUUUGGGAGGAGGAGAACAAGCAACAAGAUUAACUCAUUAUAAUGACAAUGUUAUGGUCCAAGGAGGAAUGGAAUAUGGAGAUUAUAAUCAAUUGCAAGCUCCAAUUUAUCCUUACUGUAAUUCGUUUGUUAAUCAUCAUCAAGAAAUGAGGAUGUUGAUGAUGAAUGAGAAUGAUUGGCAGUAUAACAAUGGUGCAUCAUCGUCUGGGAGCAAUAAUAUGAGUGGUGUGAUCAUCAAUGAAAAUUCUUCUAUUUUGACUUCUUGUUGUUCUUCAGCAUUUGCUGUCGAAGUUGCAACUGACUCUGCUGUUGCAGCUCAAGUGCCAUAA